AUGGCGCUGGUCGCGGCUCUGACGAGUUUACCCUCAGUCAAUAUGGCGCCGCUGUUGCCCUUUGCCAAGAUGGCGGCCCCCGCUGCGCCCUUCCUAAGAUGGCGGCCGGCUCCUCCUAUCCCUUUGUCAAAAUGGCGGCGUUGGGAUCACUCCGGCCCCUUAACAAGAGGGCGGCCCCCAGCCUCGUUCCAAAAUGGCGGCCGUUGCCCUUUUCCAAUAUGGCCGCGGCUUCGCUUCUUCUCCUCUCCCAAGCUGGCGUCGCGCAGCCUGAGGGCGGAAGUGCGUGAAGCCGGCGCGCAGCGUGCGCUGCCCUGUCCCAAGAUGGCGGAGGCGGCGUGGCGCUGGGCCGGGGACGGGGCGAGCAGCAGCAGCAGCAGCAGCGCGGACGAGGGGGAGGGGCAAGGGGCCCCCCCGCGGCGGGUCUACUUGCCGGGCCGGGGCCCCCCGCCGGGACCGGGCGAGGAGCUGGUGAUGGACGAGGAGGCCUAUGUGCUGUACCACCGGGCGGGCACGGGAGCCCCCUGUCUGAGUUUUGACGUGGUGCCCGACCCGCCAGGCCAAGAACUUGGCUGCUUCCCGCUCAGCCUGCGGCUCUGUGCCGGCACACAGGCCGAGAGCUCCCAGGCCAACAGGCUGCUGGUGAUGAAGAUGCACAAUCUGCACCGCACGGGGUCCGCGGGCGCCGAGAGCAGCGACAGCGACGAGGAGGACGACGAGGAGGAGAAGAAGCCCAAGCUGGAGCUGGCCAUGAUCCCCCACUACGGGGGCAUCAACCGCGUCCGGGUCACCCAGCUGGGCGGGACGCAGGUGGCUGCCGUCUGGUCGGAGAAGGGGCAGGUGGAGAUCUACGACCUGCAGUGCCCCCUGGUAGCCAUCUCGGACCCUCAGGCCAUGGCCACCUUCCUGCGGGAGGAGCAGGCCAAAAUCAAACCCCUCUUCUCCUUUGCCGGACACAUGACCGAGGGCUUUGCCAUGGACUGGUCCCCCAUGGUGCCCGGCCGUCUCGUGACCGGUGACUCAAACAAAAACAUUCACCUGUGGAGCCCCAAGGCGGACGGGACGUGGCACGUGGACCAGCGCCCCUUCGCCGCCCACACCGCCUCCGUGGAGGACCUGCAGUGGUCACCGACGGAAGCGACGGUGUUUGCCUCGUGCUCGGCAGACGGGUCCAUCCGGGUGUGGGACGUGCGGGCAGCACCGGGCCGGGCCUGCAUGCUGACGGCCAGCCAGGCCCACGCCAGCGACGUCAACGUCAUCAGCUGGAACCGCCAUGAGCCCUUCCUCCUCAGCGGGGGGGACGACGGGGCCCUGCGCGUCUGGGACCUGCGCCUCUUCCAGACAGGCACGAGCGUGGCGACCUUCAAGCAGCACACGGCGCCCGUCACCUCGGUGGAGUGGCACCCCACAGAUGGGGGGGUGUUCGCAGCAGCGGGUGCGGACGACCAGGUGACCCAGUGGGACCUGGCGGUGGAGCGGGACCAGGAGGGGGAGGGGGAGAGCGAGGAUGAUCCAGCCCUGGCCUCCAUCCCCCCCCAGUUGCUCUUCGUGCACCAGGGAGAGACGGACAUCAAGGAGCUGCACUGGCACCCCCAGUGCCCGGGGGUCCUGAUCACCACUGCCCUGUCCGGCUUCACCGUCUUCCGCACCAUAAGUGUCUGA